CUUUUAUUUUGACAGCUGCUGGACACUUACCGGAAAAACACUGACUGCAGGUAGCGACCACAUGAGUCGACGAUAACGGUAGUCAAAGUUCUAGCAACAGACCUUGAGAGUGUUUUGACAGUUUCUUCCACCUCAUGUUCAAUUUUGCAUGCACUGCAAGGUGAUGUUGAGGAGUGUAUUCAGGUGCCUUAGGACCAACCCUGUUGCUGGCCAAAGGAGUAUGUCUCAAAGCAGCCUUGCUGGAAAGGUAGCCAUAGUCACUGCCUCCACAGAUGGAAUUGGACUCGCAGCAGCUCAGGCUCUGGGAAAGAGAGGAGCCCACGUGGUGGUGAGCAGCCGGCGGCAGGCCAACGUGGACAAGGCUGUGGCACUGCUGCAGAGCCAGAGCAUCCAAGUGACUGGGACCACCUGUAAUGUUGGCAAGGGAGAAGACAGAGAAAAACUGGUUCAAAUGACUGUGGAUCAGUGCGGGGGCAUUGAUAUCCUUGUAUCCAACGCAGCAGUCAACCCUUUCUUUGGGAACAUCAUGGACUCCACAGAGGACGUCUGGGACAAGAUCCUGUCUGUAAAUGUGAAAUCAGCCUUCCUCCUGACUAAGUCAGUGGUGCCUCAUAUGGUGAAGAGGGGAGGGGGAAGUGUAGUAUUUGUGUCGUCUGUGGCUGGAUACCAACCAAUGCAGGCCCUGGGUCCUUACAGUGUGAGUAAGACAGCGUUGCUGGGUCUGACCCGGGCUCUGGCUCCCGAGCUGGCUCACAGUAACAUAAGAGUCAACUGCGUGGCCCCAGGAAUUAUCAAGACCCGCUUCAGCUCUGAGUUAUGGGGAAAUGAGGACAUCAUGGACAACUUCAAACAGCAGCUCAGCAUUAAAAGAGUUGGAGAGCCAGAGGAAAUUGGCGGAGUGAUUGCCUUCUUGUGCUCGUCGGAGGCUUCCUACAUCACUGGAGAGACUGUCACAGUGACUGGAGGGAUUGGCUGCCGACUCUGAAUCUCCAGUGGCAACAAAACAGAUUUGCACUUGAUUGUGUGUUCCUGUGUAGAUAUAAUCUAUGUUUUGAUUACGUUUAGACUACUCGCACUAGUCAACCUGAACAGAGAGCUGCAAUACGCCAAUAAUUGCCGGGAUACUGAGGCAUUCAAAAUUCUGUAACCAAUUAUUGAAGAUUUGGGGUUAUUGUUUAAGUUCUUUGUAAUUUCCUAUGUGAUUUUUGUGAUAUUCUGUAAGUUUGACUAAAGAUUAAUAAUCGAUAUAUGAACAUUUGCAAACAGCAUUUCCUUAAUAAAACAGCAGCCCAGGAAUGUCA